AUGGCCCAUGGUGCCGAAGAAUGUAUUCUGACGGCGCCAGGCUGUGUCUACAUUACCCUUGAGCAGGAGGAACAGCUCGUGGAUCGCCUCUACACGCAGUCCCUGCACCACAAGGAGGCUACCCUAUCAGAGCUAGAUGCGCGCUACUACCCUGUGGCCCCCCCGCAGACCAUCUCGCAGGAGACGCUGCAGAAGAGUGUGCAGCGCCAGGUGGACGUCGAAAUGGAACGCCGACAGCAUCGCCGGAAGGAGAUGGACGCCAUAGCGGUUGCGGAGGCGAUGGGCCACACGAACGGCAGCCGUGCCACCACUUCCAAGAAAACGCUGACACUGGAGCAGACGGACGUCAGUGUGCGUCGCCUCUACGACGACACACUCGCGCUCAAGAAAGCAAGGAUGGCGGAAAGUGAGCGCCUCUACGCGUUUCACCCAGAGGACCUCAAGUCCGCCAAGAUGUCGAAGGCGGCGCUGCAAGUGUCUGUCCAUCGCAUGAGCAGGCCUAAAAAGACGGAGUUCACGAUUGCGGAGGUGAACAAAAUCUACGGCCUGUGA